GGAAAAGAACAACACAGUCGGGACAGAGAGGCAUUGUAGCAACUGUAAUUUUAUAGAAACAGAAGGCAGGACCCUUCAAAAAAGGCAAGCCCAACCAUGGGGAAGUCUCUAUUUUCCUUGCCAAAGCAAAAAGAGGACCAGGAGAACCUGACUGAAGACUCAAAGUCGCACACCGAGGACGAUAAAGACGAUGUGUCACAGUUUCCAUAUGUUGAAUUCACAGGCAGAGACAGUGUUACCUGUCCUACUUGUCAAGGGACAGGGAGAAUACCAAGAGACCAAGAAAACCAGCUAGUUGCUUUGAUACCAUACAGCGACCAGAGGCUGAAGCCAAGACGAACGACAUUGUACGUGUUUGUAUCCGUCUUUCUGUGUCUGCUGCUUUCUGGUCUGGCUGUGUUCUUCCUGUUCCCUCGGACUAUUGACGUCUCUUAUGUUGGGGUGAAGUCAGCCUAUGUCACUUAUGACCGAGACCAGCGGAUAAUAUACCUAAAUAUCACGAAUACCCUUAACAUCACGAACAAUAAUUACUUCCCAAUACACGUCGCCAACAUCACAGCCCAGGUGCAAUUCUACAAGACUGUCAUUGGAAAGUCUGUCGUCAGUAAUGUCACCACCAUCAUCCCCCUGGAUAUGCGACAGGUUGAUUACACUGUUCCCACUAUCAUAGCCAAUGAGAUGAACUACAUAUUUGACUACUGUACCAUGCAGUCAAUUAAAGUGCAUAACAUUGUUGUCAUGAUGCAAACGACUGUAACCACUGUGUACUUUGGGCAUGCUGAGCAGGUGUCUCAGGAAAAGUUCCUGUACGUGGACUGCGGCUCAAACACCACCUCUUCACGCGGACGCAUGAGUGUGAUACAGUGACGCCCCUACGUAUGACCCACAAUUCUUAAUGUUCUCAUGUGGUGAAAAAAAAUGGCUUGUCCUGAGUGUUACGAAUGUCUGAAAAUGAAGCCUGUAUACUGUAGGGUGGCAACAUCAGGAUUGAUCAGCGAGUUCUAGUCAGAGAGCUGAUAUCCUUUCUACCACAUCAUUACUGAUUCUUUAGCAUUGCUCUGGAGGUUUUGCUUGGAUAGACAGAAGCACUUUAGUAUAUUUUGGGAAAAGGAAUGACCAGCAGAAUAUUCUACAUAGAUCUGCAAACACGUAAACCACUUCGACUUUA